AUGUCCGACAUUGCCCAGUUCACCUCCGUCUUCCGCGCCCAGUCGCUGUCGGACCAGCACCGCAAAGUGACCAAGCGAAACCGCCAGCCAGUCUCCUGCCUUGCCUGCCGCGCACGAAAGCUGAAAUGCUCCCGCACGCUCCCCUGCGGGGCAUGCACCAAGCGCGGGGACGGAGAUGCGUGCAAGUUCGGGCCCAGUCCACCUAGCAACAAUGCCGGGGCUUCAAAUAGCAGCAAGGUGAAUGCCAUCUCCCAAGCGACCCAGGAUGUGAAUCAAAAUGGCUCCCCGGGGCAGCAAAAGCAGCCCCGCCAGGAGGUCCAGCUCCGUCUUCAGAAGUUGGAGGACAUGGUCCAGGACCUUGUGCGGAGGGGGGGAUCCGGGCCGUCCAAAGACCGCUGCGCCGCCCCGGGCAUCGUGGCCCAAGCCGGUCCGACCCCGACUGACUCGGAGCCCAGCCACGACGAAUCGUCGCCAUCUUCGGCCCCGGCGGACGGAGAGGUCGCUUAUUACGGUGCAACACACUGGUCCGCUCUGCUUCAUCACAUCCGAGAGAUACAGACCGCGCUGGAACCGGACAACACCACACCUCCAGAACUUCCAGAAGCAGCCGCAUGCUCCAUAGGCCCGGAUUUCCUCUUCGGAGCCGUCUCUCCUUCCGUCUCGAUCCAGGAGAUCCUCACAAGCCUCCCUUCGCAACAGGACACCAACAGGCUACUCGGCAUCUACUUCCAGGCCCGCUUCACAGCCGUCCCGUUCAUCCACACCGGCCGUUUCCAACGCGAGACCGAGGCCUUCUGGGCCAACCCUGAGGGGACGAGCUUCCUCUGGAUCAGCAUCCUCUUCUCCAUCCUCGCCGCUUCCGCCGUCAUCGUCAAAGGCAAAGGCAACCCCGCGUCUCUCGGUCUUAGCAGCCCGCUGAAGGAGCCCUCGGCGUACGCCGGCCGCGCGGUGCAGUGCCUCAUCAAGGGCAACUACCUCGCCGCCAAGACGUACUCCGUCGAGGCGACGCUGAUGGUCGCUUACACCAGGAACAUCGCGAGCAAGGACGUCGACCCGGUGAUGUGGAACAUGUUCGGCGUCGCCACCAGGCUCGCCCAGCGGCGGGGCUACCACCUCGAGCCGAAGCACCUCUCGUACAAGAUCACGCCCUUCGAGGCCGAGAUGCGCCGCCGGACGUGGUUCUACUGCGAGGCCUUCGACCUGCUGCUCUCCUUCCAGCUCGGCAUGCCCGCCAUCAUCCACGAGGGCGACAGCGACGCCCGCGGGCCGGGGAACCACCCGGACGAGGACUUUGACGAGACCACCGUGUCGAUGCCGCCCCCGCGCCCCGCGCUCGACCCGACCCCGUCGCUCUACUACCACUGCAAGUCGAAGCUCUGCCGAAUCCUGCGGCGGGUCAUCCGGCACACGCUGUCGCCCGUGGAGCCCGCCUACGCGGACACGGUAGCGCUGGACGAGGCGCUGCACGCGUGGCGCGCGGAGCUGCCGGCGUGCUUCGCCGUGCGGCCGAUCGCGUCCGCGGGGUUUUCGGAGCAGAACUACACCAUCAUGCAGCGGCUGAUGCUGGAGCUGAUGUUCCGGAAGGCGCUGUGCGUGCUGCACCGCGCGUACCUGAGCCGGGACAAGAGCGAGGUGUGCUAUGACAAGUCGCGGCAGACGUGCCGGCGGGCGGCGCUGCGGAUCUUGGAGUUGCAUGAGGAGUUUGACCGCGAGGCGAGCCCUGGCGGCAGGUUGUUCGAGGACCGGUAUAUGUUGAGUAGUUUGACGCUACACGACUUCAUGAUCGCCGCUAUGGUGAUUUGCUUGGAUCUGAACCGGGUUUUGGAAAAUAUCCCGGAGUUUACGGAUACUAGCGAUGAGGACUACGAGAGGAAGAUGAACGCUCUCAGAACGGCAGCCAGGAUCUGGGAGGGACGGUCGAACUGUUCCAGGGAUGCGAGGCAUGCUUCUGCAGUGUUGAGGGCCAUGUUGCGUCGGCUGAGCUGCAGAGAGAAUACAGGCACAAAGGUUGCAGCGUGUUCAACAACGGCGGCGUCGAGCGUGACUCUCGGCAGCGAGCCAACUCCCUUUGGAGGCAUGCCUCAAAUGAAUCUUGGGUUUGGCGAUGUGGGCAACGGGUUCGACCAGCUACAGGGUGUCGACAUGCUCCAAGGCGGCGGCGUCGACUUCAUGGCUCUGGAUAACGCGCUGAAUGACCCUGCUAAUCUAGACUGGCUAUCGAUGGAUAUGUCAAUGUGA